UACUCUCUCUCUCUCUCUCUCUCUCUUUCUCUCUACAGAGAUUGUAUAGAUUCCUUGAGAAUAAUAUGUAAUUAACUUUAUAUGCUGUAGAAUUUUCCAUUGUUGUCGUUUCGUCCCCUGGAUCAAAGCUGAGAUGGCAAGCGGCAGAGGAACUCAAUUGUGUUACAGUCAACAACAUAACAACCAGAAUCCGAGAUUUAUGGAAGCUGUCUCGAAUUUCCUGAGUCAACAUCAGCAGACAGCUGUCAGAAGCAGCAGCAUCUCCGGCAAUUCUUGGAACUCGUUCCUAAUUUACAGCGGAGACAUGCCAGCUAGGAUGCCAGCUGGCGACGGAGGCCUCGUGGAGUUCCUCAACGAAACCCUAGGGUUCAGGCGAGAGAACGGGGGUGACUACUUCAUCGGUCCCGGUGUCGAAGAAUUUUUCCGCCACGUCACACUCAACAACCGGCGCGGUCCUCCACCGGCUUCAAGAUCGUCGAUCGAUGACUUAUCGACGGUCAAGAUUUCGAGGAAGCACGUGCGUGCUGAAUCCACCUGCGCCGUGUGUAAAGAGAGAUUCGAACCGGGCACUCGAGUGAAGAAGCUCCCGUGCGGACAUUUGUAUCACUCGGAAUGUAUCGGGCCGUGGCUUGAGCAACGGAGCUCGUGCCCCGUUUGCCGUCAGAAGGUGACACAUCAGCAAAAAGUUAACGGGUCCGUCAAAAGGCGACUAUGGUCUUCGUUGUGGCCAUUUGGUUCGUCAUCUCGUGCCAAUGGUAAUCGUGGCGAAAGAAUCGAACCUAGUUCACUUACACACCGUUAGGAGUUCUGCCAUCAAUUGGUCGGUUUUUCGAAUACAUGUAAGUGUCGUCAUAGUGUAUCGACUAAUUUCGUAUAUCAUCCUUUUCUCAGUUUUAUUGUGACAAUAAUGUUUAGCUUCAGCCAAUAAAUAACAAGUACUUUAUAUUUGCCAAUCGUCGGAGCUUCAUUUAUGUAAUAAGCUCAUGCUCGAUAUUUUGUUCAUUUCA